CAGCAACGGAAACAGCAUCACGAAAUCCCAUGCUCUGUCAUCCACUGUAUUCAACGGCAAAAAUGAUCAAUCUGCCAUAAUGCUCAAAAAAGUAAUUGCCGAUUUUCAAUGACAGCGAUCGUCCAUUGGCAAAGAGUACGGUAGCUAUUUAUUUCCAUAUUUAUUUAUUUAUUUUCCAUUUUCUUCGUUGUUUUUUCUGUAAAGGCUGGGCUCGCGGACUGCGGCUGUUGAGAGGCAGGUGCAACGUUGUGCGUGAUGGGAUGUAAUGGAUUCCGCUCGAGCGCAGCGAUGAGAGCAACGGAACCGAGAUCAGCUUUUCCCGUCAACUGAUUCAGCGGGGAAUCAGCGAGGCGCGUCUGUUUGUGUUGCCGACACUGUGGCGCACGAGCACGGGCGGGGGAAGAGGGCUCGUCCCCUCGCGAGCGCUCAGUGUGUGUUGAACACAUUGAACCAAAUUUCAACGGUUUUUCAACCCCAAAUCCGGCUGAUGCUGGUGGCAUCGGGCCAUGGAGUGAAGUAGCGCCAUGUACACCUGAUGACAUUCUCAUUAAUUCGUGGAAACCUUUGCCUUUGGGUGAGAAAACACCGCGAGUCGUGUCAUCGCAUCAUUUAGCCUUUUUCAAAUAACGAGCGUCGAUCAAGCGCCGCCAAGAUGAUGGAGCUGGAUGAGGUGGUGUAUCAGGACGAUUAUGGGUCCGUUUCUGUCAUGUCAGAGCGGGUGUCGGGCCUGGCCAGCAGCAUUUACCGGGAGUUCGAGCGCCUCAUCAAGAGCUACGAUGAGGAGGUGGUGAAGGAGCUGAUGCCGCUGGUGGUGAACGUUCUGGAGAACCUCGACUCGGUGCUGACGGAGAACCAGGAGCACGAGGUGGAACUGGAACUUCUCAAGGAGGACAACGAGCAGCUCAUCACACAGUAUGAACGGGAGAAAUCCCUGCGCAAACAGGCAGAGGAGAAAUUCAUUGAAUUUGAAGACGCUUUGGAGGCAGAGAAGAAGGAGCUGCAGUCCAUGGUUGAGACUUUAGAGUUACAAUCAAAACAGAUGGAACUGAAGACAAAGAACUAUGCUGACCAGAUUUCUCGUCUGGAAGAGCGAGAAUCAGACAUGAAGAAAGAGUAUAAUGCUCUUCACCAGCGCCAUACAGAGAUGAUACAGACAUAUGUGGAACACAUUGAACGGUCCAAGAUGCAACAGGCAAGCAGCAACCAGUCAGAGUCCAAAGGCUGCGGACGAACUCAACGACACACCUGGAGGAAAAGUAAAACAGACCGACCCCCAUCACUGAGCUUGUUUCCUGGUGGAGAUGGCAUGGAGGAUGGCUCAGAUUCAGACUCUGUUGCAGCCACGCCCAGCAGCACAGGCAGCAAAUCAAACACUCCCACUUCGUCUGUUCCCUCUGCAACAGUUACCCCUCUAAAUGAUGGGCUGGUGUCUGUUGGAGAGUUUGACAUGUCCCGGGGGCGGGGCCGCAAGAAUGCAAAACGUCUUAGCAGAAACAUGGAGGUCCAGGUCUCUCAGGAAACCAGGAACGUCAGCAUUGGUAUGGGCAGUAGUGAUGAGUGGUCAGAGUUUCAGGAAAUUAUAGAUUCAACACCAGAGCUGGACAUGUGCUUGGACCCUCGAAUCUACGGAGGAGGAAACAGUCCUUCUCAGGGCAUUGUGAAUGAGGCAUUCGGCAUCAACACAGACUCUCUGUACCACGAGAUUAAAGACGCCAAAUCUGACAUAAUUGGAGAUGUGGACGCAGGAGCAGAACUUCUCGGGGAAUUCUCAGUCCGGGAUGAUUUCUUUGGAAUGGGGAAAGAGGUGGAAAAUCUACUAACAGAGAACAAACAGCUACUGGAGACCAAGAAUGCCCUGAACAUUGUAAAGAAUGACCUAAUUGCAAAGGUGGAUGAGCUAUCGAGCGAACAGGAAGUUCUUCGGGAAGAGCUGGAGACAGUGAAACAGUCCAAGAUCAAAGUGGACCAGAGAGUUAAAGAACUAGAGGAAGAACUAAAGAGAUUGAGAGCUGAAGCAUUAGGAGCAUCUCAGGACUCUAAAGAUGAGGGUGGAGAGGACUACUCAUCUCCGCUGCAGGAUGAUGUUACCAUGACGCAGAGGCGACGGUUCACGCGUGUAGAGAUGGCACGUGUACUGAUGGAGCGGAACCAGUACAAGGAGAGACUGAUGGAGCUUCAGGAAGCUGUGCGUUGGACCGAGAUGAUCAGAGCUUCUCGGGAAAGCCCUCCACUACCAGAGAAGAAGAAAUCUAUUAUCUGGCAGUUCUUUGCACGUCUUUUCAGUUCAUCUGCGAGCCCUCCUCCAGUGAAACGGCCUUACACCAGUGUCAAUAUCCACUAUAAGUCUCCAUCUCCUGCUGGCUACAACCAGAGACGCUCUCAAACCAUGUGCCAGAUUUCCACCUCCAACUGCAUACUGGAGUUCCUGCCUGAAGAACUGCCAAGUAAUGGUAUUGCGUCUCUCCUCAGUGAUUCAGCACUCUGUACUCGCAGAGAGCAGCGUCGAGAACAAUACCGGCAGGUACGUGAGCACAUGCGCAGGAAGGAUGGCCCAAUGCAGACCUGCGGCUGGAGUGUCCCACCCCGAUUCAAACAGAAUGGCUCCCAGGUGGACAGCACUCAAGAUGCCACAGCAAAGAGGACGCAGGCCAAUGAGAAAGAGGAUAAUCGCAUGAAAAAUGUCCCUGUGCCAGUAUACUGCCGCCCUCUGGUGGAGAAUGACCCCAACAGGAAGCUGUGGUGUGCAGCUGGUGUGGAUCUGACUGGUUGGAACACAGCCAAUCAGGAGACCGCAGGUGUAAAGCCGUCCAAUGGCUCUGAUCCGUUGACUGUUGAGGAUGAAGACAGAGACAACAAGAGUGAGCAGAGUUCUCCAGAGAAAAAGAAGCCUAAGGAGCUGCAUGAGACCGACUCCAUGAGCAGCCGUGUUUGGAUAUUGACCAGCACUCAUUCAGCCAGUAAAGUGGUCAUCAUUGAUGCAAACCAGCCCUGCUCACUGGUCGACCAGUUUAACGUAUGCAAUGCCCAUGUGCUCUGCAUCUCCAGUGUUCCAGCGGCCAGUGAGAGUGAUUACCCAGCAGGUGAGAUCUUUCUGGAGCAGCAGAGUGGUGAUGGAGCUUCAGAGGAGAAGGGUGGAGUGGAGGGCAUGUUGGCAGGGAUCACAAUUGUGGGCUGCGCCACCAACUGCAGUGUAGUACGCAGCAACUGUUCCUCCCGCACUGAUACACCUGUGCAGGACCGAAGUCAUGCUCCUACAGCUCCAGUUUGUAGAAGCUUGGCAGUUUCACAGUCUGCUGAAGAAGCGACAGAAGCCAUUGAGGUGUCAGAGGAGGCGGAGCAAAGUGAAAACGCAGACAGUGCCCUCAGAUCGUUUACUGAACAUGUCUUUACAGACAACACACAUAGUGAGGCAGGUGUACCCAAGGAGCAAGUGACGUCAGCGCCAACAGACUCAGAGGAGGCAGGAGAUGACAGUUCAGGAACAAGUGCUGCACCCACCAUGUGGCUGGGAGCCCAGAACGGCUGGCUUUAUGUCCAUUCUGCAGUGUUAAACUGGAAGAAAUGCCUCCAUUCCAUCAAACUCAAAGACUCAAUACUGAGUUUGGUGCACGUGAAAGGGAGGGUUUUGGUCGCAUUAGCUGAUGGCACUCUUGCAAUCUUUCAUAGAGCUGAAGAUGGACAAUGGGACCUAUCAAACUAUCAUCUAAUGGAUCUGGGUCGACCCCACCACUCCAUUCGAUGUAUGGCUGUGGUGCAUGAUAAAGUGUGGUGUGGUAACAAGAACAAGAUCCAUGUCAUCCAGCCUAAGAGCAUGCAGAUUGAGAAAUCAUUUGAUGCUCACCCACGCAAGGAGAGCCAGGUGAGGCAGCUGGCGUGGAUCGGUGAUGGCGUCUGGGUUUCAAUUCGAUUGGAUUCCACGCUCCGCUUGUACCAUGCGCUCACACACCAACAUCUACAAGAUGUGGACAUUGAGCCGUACGUCAGCAAGAUGCUAGGUACAGGAAAGCUGGGGUUCUCUUUUGUCAGGAUAACUGCCCUGCUGAUUGGAGGAAACCGGUUGUGGGUGGGAACUGGAAAUGGUGUCAUCAUCUCUAUUCCUCUGACUGAAACCGUAGUGCUUCAUCGAGGUCAGCUCCUCGGACUGAGGGCCAAUAAGGUGUCACCAACGUCGUCAGGGGGUGUGAUCCAUGUAUAUGCGGAUGACAGUAACUCUGAAAAGAGUAGCUUCAUACCAUACUGCUCCAUGGCUCAGGCUCAGCUCUGUUUCCAUGGACAUCGAGACGCAGUCAAGUUCUUUGUGUCAGUGCCAGGAAAUGUGUUGGCCACCCUGAAUGGUAGUGUGCUGGACAGCCCAUCAGAGCCGCAGGGGUCCUCUGCCAUCCCAGCAGAAACAGAGGUACAGAGUCUUCUGAAUGUGCUGGUGCUGAGCGGAGGAGAGGGUUAUAUCGACUUCCGAAUUGGUGAUGGCGAGGAUGAGACAGAAGUAGAUGGUGAAGCCCCUCAGAUGAAGCCAGCAUUGUCUAAAGCAGAGAAGAGUCAUAUCAUUGUGUGGCAGGUGUCUUAUGAGCCAGAGUGACCCAUACAAACUCCUCCCGCUUGCCCUCUACCGCCCUAUAACUCCGCCCAAAUGAAACCUUAUCUUUCUGUAACUAUGCCCCAAAAUCUGUACCUAAGCUAUGUAACUACCACAGCCUUGUAAUUACCCCUUUAAAAGUCCUAUAUUGCCCCCUUUAGCCUGUAUUUUCUAAUCAUACAUAACUUAUCAGAUCCUUCAUAUCACUUUGUAACUUUCCCCUUCCUACAAAAAUACACAAACCUCCUGCAUCUCAUGAUUGAAUGAUAUUGAAUUUCAGAUGAAAUACAUGUAAACAACUUAAACCACUACCCAACUACGAUCCUGAAAGAACUACCCAGUUUUUGCCAGAUACUUGACAACCUUUACCUUUAUGUUCCUCAGCACACAGCUCACUGAAUGGUGACAGGAACUCAUUGUGUAGGGUUUCAGAGAGAAGCAGCUGGUUGAACUGAACAAUUUUGACAAAAACGACUAGUUCGUCCUGAUUAGAUGUGUAUACACAGAAUGUAUGUAAACAGUAUGUAAAUACUGGAGUACUGUAUGCACUGAAGAAAGCAAAGGAAAAAAAUUUGUGAAUAAGUGAGAUAAUCAAAUAAAAUGGUCAGAAUUUGUUUUGAUAAUCUAGCACUACCCACAAGAGUGUUUUAAUGUCAUUUAUCUCAUACUUAAAAGUAAAUAAGUAUUAAAAAAACAUUAAGAUCAUUGGAUUCAAGAACAAAAUCACUUUAACCAAUUGCAGCUAGUAAUUUUUCAAUCUCAGUGAGAUGUGUGCUGAUUGGACCAGACAACCUCCCCUUUGAGAUAAUGCAUGAGGUUGAGGCCUUAUUUUGGCUGCCGGUUUGACAGAUGGACGUCCCACCCAGUCGCCUUGUUUGUAAAUCAUCACUCUGUGUUCUCUUGUGUGGUUAAGGAUUAAGUAAUAAACAUGUUUAUGUGCUGAAGAAUUCUCUGU